GACAAAAUCUUUUUCCGUCCGCCAUUUUUAUUCCGUUUGUUUAUUUUUGGUUUGAUUCGUUUGUUGACAUUUUAUAUGCGAAAAUUAAUAAAUUCCUCCUCCUUUGUUGUACCUAUCUCAUGAAAUUAAUCACCUGCUGUGAAGACCUCUUUUUGCUGAGAAGAAAGCUUAAAAAUGGGCAAGCCGUCACGUUCCAGACUUUCUGUUAGUUAAAAGUUUAAGUACUUUGUAGUAGUCUACAGUAAUACUUUAUUCCACAUUAUUAAGUUAGGCCCAAGGCAUCCACGGUUCAACAACCUUCAAAUCACUCUUUGCUGUCCAGUAAGAAAAGCCUGCAUUUAGACAUGAAUCCACACAAGAAAGGAAAGAAACUACGUAAAAUGAGGGAAAAAAACAGGAAAUCCAUCCAAAAACUUGUAAAAGACCUUCACAGAAAAAGUCAAGGGCUAAUCCAUACCGCAUCUGACUUAAGUGCCUCUGAACCCACGGUAAUCUGCCUUGAUGAUACUACUAUAGCUGGGAAUGAAACGAAAAGAAAGCUAUCAGAUUUAAGCAUUGAUUUGCCUAACAGUGCUAAAAAGUCUUGCAACCGAACCGUAAUAGAAAUCACAGAUGAAGAACUAGUAAAAAACCAUGAACGCUGCUCCACAAACUUUAAAACCCCUCGUAAAGGUUGCCCAAUAUCAUGCUCUACUCCCAUGUCAAGUAAAAAAGACGAAUCCCUUCCAUGCAAUAUAUCUCGGCUUUCAAAUGAAGAGAAAGGCACCAACAAUAACAUAGAUGCAGAGAAAAACUUACAAGAAAUACAAGAUUUAACUAAAGAAAUAAAUGGAGACUCAUUUGUAACAAUAGAUUUAACUACAGAAACAAUAUCUAAAACGCACUCUACUAGGAACACAGUAAUAGAUCUAGACGAUAUUACAGAUAAUAAUGAAUGUACCAUGUCUGUUAGUAAUACUAGUACAAUGAGUGGUGAUUCUGAUGUGACAGUAUUGAAUAUGUCUCAGUACAAAAGAAGGCAAGACAGGAAAAUGCAGAAAUUUGCCAAGGGUAUCGCUAAGAUGAAUGCGUCAGAGAAAGGAAGACUACUUGAGUUGAUUACACAGAAAAUAUUCACCGGAUGCAAGGCCCCUGUUAGUGCUAAGGAUAGUACUUUGGUUAAGGAAGUGGCUACCAGGGCGACCGAAACUGCUGAAGAUACGUACAUAAGAGAAGUGAUCUUAGGCCAAGUACAGUCAAGAAAUAGCAUCGGAAGCAAUAUUUACAACCCGGAGACUGAAAUUAAGAACAAAUCUGGAUUAAGGAUGAUUGUUAUUGAUGGGAGCAAUGUAGCUAUGGCGCAUGGCCAACACAGGUUAUUCUCAGUCAAGGGAUUGCAAAUAUGCAUCGACUACUUUGUGAGACGCGGGCACAUAGUCAAGGCUUUCGUUCCACGGUUCAGGUGUAAAUUCGGCAAGAGCUCUGAGCCCAGGGUACUUGAUUCUCUGGAGCGGCGCGGGCUGGUGGUCUACACGCCCUCUCGCGAGGUGCAGGGCAAGAUGAUCACUUCCUACGACGACAGAUACAUAGUGCAAUGCGCGGCAGAAUUCGACGGCGUGAUAGUAUCUGGAGACAACUAUAGAGACUUGCUAUUGGAGAAUCCUAGAUGGCGAUUCGUGAUAGAAAACAGAUUGUUACAAUUCACUUGGGUGAACGAUAUGAUAAUGUUCCCUAAAGACCCUUUAGGUAGGAACGGUCCGACGCUAGAAGUGUUUUUGAAACAUACUGGUAGAUAAGAAAUAUUUGGCGGGUAAUAAUAAAAAGUUAAGGCUUGGACACACCAAAGGUGUGAUUUUCAUGACCGAUUUUGCAAUUUUCAAAAACGAAAAAGUUUAGGUUUUCUUCAAUCAAAUGUAUGAAUACAUUAUGUGUCAAAAGUUUCAUAAAAGUUUCCGCUAGAGGCGCCACUUUGUAUGCGAGAAACAGUACUAGCACAGCUGUAGCAGGGCAAGUCAAUUCGGUUUGUAUAUGUGACUAUACUCUGUCCAUUUUAUUAAUGGUUUUUUGACGUUCGCUUAUGUCUGGUAAGUUAAGUUGGUUUUCGUUUGCA